UCGCGUGACUCUCUCUGCGUAUCGUGCGUGGGUUCACGGUCUGGCGAAUGUACGGCGAGUACGGCGAGAGGGAGUUGGGAGGCUCUAGUUUCACCAGGGCCAGAGCCGGGGAGUUCUGUCUGUCGUGUCGGCACACAUCAAUGGUUCAGUUGGGAUGCCGUCCAUGGAACCUGAGCCUGAUCAGCAUGAUCGUCCUGGCCUUCUCCAACAUGUUGCUGACCUUCCUCUUGCUGCAGUCCGAGAACUGUCGGUCAUCAAGUUCCGGAGACUACGUCCAGGAAACUAACGGCGUGACGGAGUGGGACCUGGGCUCGAAAAGUGAGACCCGCCAGGACGAGGAGGUCCAGGUCUCCCAGCAGUGUUCCACCCACGAGUUCGUAGAAGACGGGGACAUCCUCAGGAUGGACCCGAAGCUGGGGAGAUGGGAUGCUCGCCGGAUCUACAAGACCUUCGACGGGGUCCUGACAGGGUCCCUAUUCCCCAGACUGUCCGAGACCCACAAGGUCUGCUUGGCGACCCAGAGCUCCGUGGAGAGGCUGCACUCCAUAGUCCAGGUCGCUCAUCACUGGACAGGUCCCAUAUCUCUGGCCCUAUAUGCAGCUGGUGACGACGAAUUCGAGGUGCUACAGAGGUACCUGGCCUACCUCAGGAAAUGCUACGCUCCUAUCAGGGAGAGGAUCUUCGUCUCGUUGGUGCUUCCCAAAGCUCGGCUCCCCAGGAGGCAGCCCAGGAGCUUCGACAUCCCCGACUCCGAAUUGGACUGCGCCAGUCCGGAGUACAUCCUGAAGGGUCUGCUGAAGAGGAUACCCAGUCAGCACAACGUUUGGAGGGCGCAGAACGUGUAUCCUCAGAAUCAUCUCCGGAACCUAGCCAGGAAGAACUGCCAGACUGAUUAUGUAUUCCUCACGGAUGUCGACGUCAUCCCUAGCUAUAACUUGACCAGGACCCUGGACAGCUUCCUGAGGUCCUCGGACACCUGCGAUAAGUGUGCCUAUGUCAUCCCGACCUACGAGCUCGACACCAGGAUCAGGUUCCCCCAGAACAAGUCGGAGUUGGUCAGGCUGGCCAAGAAGGGACUGGCUAGACCUUUCCACGAGAAGGUCUUCAUCCAUAAUCAGUUCGCCACCAACUUUUCCAAGUGGAUCCUCGACGUCUCUCCGGGUUUCUUCGGCAACAAGGAUCACCUGAAAACCGGGAAGGUCUACGUGAGUCACGACGUGACCAACUUUGAGCUAUUCUACGAGCCCUUUUACGUCGCUAAGGACACCGUCCCUUCCCACGACGAAAGGUUCAUGGGGUACGGCUACACCAGGAACACCCAGGUCUACGAGAUGUUCGUCGCGGGGUAUCAGUUCAAAGUCUUGUCUCCGGUUUUCACGGGACACUGGGGCCUCCAAUCGAAAAGGGGUAGACCAGCUUGGCGAGAGAGGCAGAACAACUUCAACAGGAACCUCUUCGAGGCCUUCAAGAAGGAGGUCUUCGCGAGGUACAUGAGGGACCCCUUAAAGCUGAUAAAGACCCAAAAGUCUGAUAGGAAGUCGCUGAAGGUCCACUAGGGUACUCCAAAAUAUUAGGGUGUCUGAUGAGUUCCUUCCGGUCCAUGUUCAAUUCGUAAAAAAUGAAAAGGAAGAAACAUGUA